UGAUGGACUUGUCGGUGCCGAACCAUAAACCAAACACUGCUGCGCGCAACGUCACGCAGGGCGUCAGUGCGCCUUCACGGGCUGCUCAUAAUCAUCAUCACACACGCUGUGGUCUGUUUACCGAGAGAAGGAGGAGGAGGAGGUGGAGGAGGAGGAGGAGAGUUUGAUCCCGACUCUCAUGUGGACUGUCACCCUGGUUGUCCGCACAAGAAGACGAUGAAGAAGGAGCUAACACAGCCGGUCUGUCCGUGAUGCUGUAAGAUGAAAGCGUUUGCGCUGAGUCUGGUGAGUUCAGGAGGAUUUCUGAAGGGAACAUUGACAGUUUACACAGAAGAAAUGUCCACAACUGCAAGUCCAACCUUUCCCUCAUCACAAAUGACAUCGGAUCAACUCACAGUGGUCGCUGCAUCCUUCUCUUCUCUGGUGUUCUUUGUGGUUAUCGUGGUGCUGCUGUCCAUUAUUUACCGCAAGGAUCCUCAGUGCUGCAAACUGCGCUCCUAUCAGGGGCCACAUGCGGACAUGGAUGCUCCACCUCAGUACUACAGCAGCAGGCAGACGCUGGUGGGAUCUUCUUGCCUGGAGCAGACUCAGAUCAUGGAUGACAACAACACUCAGGCGGGUCAGCUGUUCUACGUUGGCCUGCCCUCCAGCUAUAGCCUCCCCACGCUGGAAGCCCCCAUGCCGAGGCUCCCCUCCUACGAGAGCGUCCGAAAGAAGGACCGCCAGAGGCAGAUCCACAUGAUGAUCGCAGAUCGCUUUGGCCUCAAUGGACCCAUUGUGACCGAGCCUCCUCCAACAUACGAAGAGAGUAUCCGUCAGUCGAUGGAGCUGCCAUACAACAUCCUCUCAUCUAGUCUGGAGCUCUUCCCUCCUCAGAGCACCGACGCAGGGCCCGACACACCUCAUCCAGUCAGCUCUGACGUCAACAGCACUGUUCUACCUGUGUGACGCUGAUCAAGCUGCCUGAUGAAUAGAUUUAUGUACAUGGAUUUGGAGUUACCAAAAGAGUUUGGGUGUUGGAAGAUCGAUCACUUUUAGAUUCUUCACACGUCGCACGAGCUGAUUCAGAUACCUCAAGACUGAGACAGACGAUAACGGAGCAACCAAAGAGGACUUUGCGCAACCUUCAGGACAGGCUGGCUGUGCACAUUUGAAUGUUAAAAAAUACUUAACAGAAAAUCACUGGAUAUAAACAAUGACGAUGAAAUAAGGUGGCUGGUACAUCUUGAAGACUACAACAUACCAAAAAAAGGGAACUGCUGUUUGCUUUGUUAAUUAUUUGUCAGUGAAUAUUUGUCUGUUUGCUUUCGUCUUUUAUUCAGCUGUUCCUGAGCCUGAGGCCACAUUGUCUGGUUGGUAAGGUUAUCAGAUACAUGUUUGAUAAGGGUUUGCUCUAAAGGAUGCUUCUGUAGGCUGCCACACUGCAUGUGAGAUCAACCUGUGAGAAGGUGAAUGUAAAAAAAGUGCUAAUGAGAGUGCCUUCAGUGACGUUAAAAGAAGGAUAUCUAUAACAAAAAGGUGUCUCUUACCAGAUGGGACUCUGGUGAUGAUUUCUCACUUUCUUAUGUAACACUUGAUCCUCUCUGUUCAAAAGGAGUGACAUGGAACGAAAAUAAUGGAGAGUUUUCUUGUCAAGACCUGUUUCGUUUUUUUUGAUCCCGCAAAGUUAUUUUCUGCAACCUACAUACCAAAUGUUUGUCCUGCACAUUGUCAUGUACUGUAUUUAUUCAAGAAACAUCAGUGACUCCUUGUUUUUCAUGUGAAAACAAAUAUAAAGGCUUUUAUUGUUUUGUUGAUCGACUGUUGUGGAACAUCAUGAAUAUUUAACAAACAACAGUGUACUUAUAUUUCCAUUGCUAUACAGUAUGUGUGGCUGGCAAGUGGCUGUUAAGUCUAUUUAAGUGCCAAAGACUGCAGUUCCUCACACGUCCACUUGAGGCUGGCUACAGUAUAAGUCUCCAUAGUUCACAGUGGAAAUAA